GUGUUCAUCGACCGCUUCAGAUAUAACGCCAACAGAGCCGCUCAAGUGCAGAGCAAACUCAAGCUGCUGGAGAAACUGCCUGAACUCAAGCCUAUGGUCAAGGAGUCUGAAGUCGCCUUACGUUUUCCGGAUAACUUUGAGAAGUUGUCUCCGCCAAUCCUGCAGCUGGAUGAGGUGGAGUUCGGAUAUUCGCCUGAGCAACGGCUCUUCAGCGGACUCUGCAUCUCCGCUGAUCUGGAGUCACGCAUUUGCAUUGUUGGUGAGAAUGGAGCUGGUAAAUCCACUCUACUGAAGCUGCUGAUGGGAGAACUGACGCCCCUCGGUGGAGCCAGACAUGCACACAGAAAGCUGAAGAUCGGUUAUUUCAGCCAGCAUCACGUGGAUCAGCUGGACCUGAACGUCUGCUCCAUAGAGCUGCUGCUCAAGAGAUUUCCAGGUGAGACGGAGGAGGAGUAUCGCCAUCAGCUGGGCAGAUACGGCAUCACUGGAGAAUUAGCCACGCGGCCGGUGGCCAGUUUAUCAGGAGGACAGAAGAGCCGCGUGGCUUUCGCUCAGAUGACCAUGCCCUGCCCCAACUUCUACAUUCUGGAUGAACCGACCAAUCAUCUGGACAUGGAGACCAUCGAGGCCUUGGCAAAAGCACUCAACAAAUUCAAGGGUGGUGUGGUUCUGGUGUCCCACGACGAGCGCCUCAUCCGGAUGGUCUGUAAAGAGCUGUGGGUGUGUGAAGCUGGUCGGGUCCACCGUAUAGACGGAGGUUUCGAUGAGUAUAGAGAUAUCUUGCAGGAACAGUUUCGCAAAGAGGGAUACUUGUGAUGGAGUCGCUACAGAAAACACCCCGAAACUGCCAUUGAGGAGAGCGUCCCAAAUCCCGGAGGCUUUACUGCUGGAGUUCAUCCCCCCUCCCCCAAAAAAUCAUGCGGGUUCAGGACCGGACGCUUGCUGAACUUCUGUGUAGAUCGACAUAUUAAAAGAUGAAGGUGAAACGGACAUAUGCACAACAGAUGUUAUACCCCACACCGCUUUUAAAAACCACACAAUACGGUAAUAAAAUAAUAACUGUCCAACAUCUCUUUAA